CCUAUCCUGCCCAAUAGGACUUUUCGGUCCUCUUUUAUUUGCAUUAACUCUAUGGUAAGUGUGCACGUCUUUUAACGCCGUACGCUCAUCAGGACCGUUUGGUCCUAUUUUGUGAGCCACGUGAUACCAUUAGUUUCCAGCAGCAGAAGACUUCCCGCCAGUAUGAAGCUCGAAGCUGAGGGGGGUGGACGCGUGUCUGACGUAGCUCCACUCCAGCCACUUUAGCCACAAUGGAUGCUGUCGCAGGUAAUUUCAUUUGUACAAAUAAAAUACAGUAUAUAUCUCAAUGUAUAGACAAAUAAAAUAUAGUAGUAUCUGUCAGCUUAUAAGUAUACGUAGAGGUGUCACUAGGCUUUCAGUAAAAGUGACCGAAUGGUCCCAUUGGGCACGCUCGUAGGUUAUUGCUCAGUUAUAUUUUCAACAAUAGCAAGCAUUUACCUCUGCGUUUUUCUAUGAAUAUGACAAGCAUAUACCUUACAUGUCAACGGUAUCAUAACAUAUGGCAUAUAUAUGAGGUGUUUCAUUGAUAAAAGUGUACUGUAAUUAUUUUGUAAGGUCAAUACUUGAAUAGCAACAUAACAAAUAACGCAAUGGUAAACUUCUCCCUUUCAGGACCUUCUGGAGUAAAAAUGACCCCGAAGCAGUUUUACAAGAAGAGGAAGAAAACAUUGACCAGUGAAGAAAUAGCAGAGAGCCUCACCUGUAGUGACACUGAAAAUAUGGGUGAAUAUGAUGACAAUGAAAUUGAUGACAUCGGCGAUCCCGAAAUACCAGAUAUUGGCAGCAGUAGUGAGGAAGAAGAGGAUGAAGAUACAGUUGUUUUGGUAUUGGAUGAUGCAGAAAUUAUUGAAGCUCCUCAUCCUCCAGCUAAACGUAAAAGAAAGAGACGCAUCAUCUGGAAACAAAUUACUCAAACAAGAGGACCACCUUCCAUUCCUGUUUUUGAUAGUGAAGAGCAGUCAGAAGAUGAGGUUUUGCUGACACCUUUGCAGUAUUUCAAGAAGUUUUUGUCUGAUGAUUUUCUCAAAGACAUUGUUGAGCAAUGCAAUUUGUAUGCUCUGCAGCAAAAUCCAAAUAAGCCACUAAGUCUUACAUGUAGUGAAUUUGAACAAUGGCUAGGAUGUUCCUUCUUCAUGUCAGUUAGUAAGAUACCCAAUACACGUCUUCAUUGGUCUUCUUACACAAUGAGUGACGCUGUAUCAUCAGUUAUGAGUAGGAAUAGGUGGGAAGAGAUCAAGUCCCAUUUGCACCUAGUGAAUAAUAAUACCAUUGACAAGACUGACAAAUUAUGCAAAGUAAGAAUGUUGGUUGACCAUUUGAGACAAGAGUUUAGGAAAGUUCCCAUGAUAGAACAUCUGAGUAUAGACGAACAAAUUGUUCCAUUCAAGGGGGCUUCAAGCAUGAAGCAGUACAACCCUAAGAAACCCUCUAAAUGGGGAUAUAAGAUAUUUGUACUAGCAGAUGAUAAGGGUUAUGUGUAUGAUUUCAGGCCAUACACAGGUAAAAUUGAUCCUGUAGAUAAGAAUGAUGUGCCUGACCUUGGUCCAAGUGCCAAUGCAGUUUUACAUUUAGCAGAAGUGAUACCUUAUCACAAGAACCAUAAAUUGUACUUUGACGAUUGGUUCAAUUCUCUCCCAUAAGUAGAAUACUUGGCAACUAAAGGAAUUUGGUGCUGUGGUACAGUUCAAAGUAGAAGACUUCCAGGUUUAUCAUUCCAGUCUGAUAAACAGCUAGCCUCCAAAGGCAGAGGAAGUUAUGAUGAAUGGGUGACAACAAAUGAAGAGGGAGUUACUACAAAUGCAAUCAAAUGGUACGAUAAUAAAGGAGUGUGCCUAACUUCAACAUUUGCUACUUCUCAGCCACUACAGACAUGUGUUAGAUAUGAUAGGAAAAGAAAAGAACAAGUUGAAGUUCCUGUACCCAGUAUUGUCAAAAUGUAUAAUGAGCAUAUGGGAGGUGUAGAUCUCCAAGACCAACUCCUUGCAUACUAUAGAAUGUCUUUUCGGUCUAGGAAAUACUAUCUGAGGCUUGUUUUUCAUCUCUUUGACAUGGCAGUAGUCAAUAGUUGGCUAGUUUACAGGCGUUCCGCUACCUCACUUGGAAUACCUGAUAAAAAACAACAUGCUCUUUGUGAUUUCAAAUUAAAACUGGCUUACUCACUCACAAAUAGUGGCAAGGAUUUGAGAAAGAAAAGAGGAAGACCAUCAACUGAUGUUGUAAAGGUGAACUUUGAGAAAAAGAAGAAAUGUGGGAGAGCAACAAAACCCAUCCCUGAAGAUGACGUCCGCAAGGAUGGCAUAGGUCACUUUCCUGCUGUCUCAGCAAACCGAGAGACAUGCAAACUCCCAGGGUGCAAAAGCAAAGUGCGUAUGCACUGUCUGAAAUGCAGUGUGCACUUGUGCUGCGACCAAAAGAAGAAUUGCUUCCUAGAAUUUCACCAGUAAUAAUGGAAAUUAGUGAAGUAAAAGCAUCAGUUACAAGUUUCAGUGAGGAAAAAUAAUGUAUUUACCUAUUAGGAAAACUUUACAUCAUUAAUAUUAUAUUUUUAUGUUGUCACUCAUCUACUUUGUUCAUGUGAAAUUUCAAUAUAAUUCAAUCAAUUGACUUAU